AUGGGCAACAAAAGAUAUCGUCAAGACGCAAACAAGGCUGCACAAUCCAAGAGCCAAACCAUGCGGCGAAAGUCGAGCCUAGGAUCCACCGCAAGUGACCCGAAGGAACAGCAUAAUGCAAUUCUGCCUGAACUUGUUGGAGAAAAGCUUCGCCAGAUGAAUGACUCGUCUCACCAUAGUUGCACUGAUAGCGGCAGCAGAAGCCAGCGUCGCUCAUUGUCUAGAAAGAUUAGUCAAAGAUCUUCCAGUCGGAGCUCCAAAGUCUCCAUAUCUGUCAGAGAUGAAUUGGAAGACAAAAUGGAUAGAAUGCAAGCUUCAGAUUUACCAUCAGCAUCAUCAUUGAAAAAAAAAUACGGAUCCCGGGGAAAUCAUGCCACACCCCAAAGAUCUUCAUCAAACACUUCAAAAGGAAACAGAAGCAGCCGAUCUGUUCGUCAACGCAGUUUUCACUCGUCCUGCUCAAGUUCUGAUAGGCAUCGAAGACGCAAUAGUCGGAAUGAUAACAGAGAUGGCAAAGGCUCAACAGCAGUAGUAGACAAUGGGUCAAUAGUGAUCAAUAUGGACUCCUCUGAGAUAUCCAUCGAUGAAACCACUCCUGGUGCAUAUCGCGUUGGUAGCAUGGGUCGUAUCAAUGCGUUGUCCCCAAACACACAUUAUGAGCAAAGCGAUGGCAGCCAUUCCGACGAAGAAAGGGAUCUACAGACCCGAAUACCUCCUAGAUCGAGCAGAAGCCGAGGAAGCCAAUCGAAUGCUAUCGAG